AUGGCGGCAUUGUGUGCUAGUGUGGGCGAGGGAGAGUGUGCGAGGAGGGAGGCUCAAGCAGCCUACGCGCACAGCCCCUCCGUGAGGAAGCUCUCCAAGAUCGCCACGCUGCUCCUGGCCAAGAACUACAUCCUCAUGCAGGCUCAGGCCCUGGACGAGAUGCGCCGCCUGGUCGCCUACCUCAACCAGGGACAGGCCCUCUCCGCCGCCUCCUCCUUGCCCUCCUCGGCUGCGGCAGCGGCGGCAGCAGCGGCGGCAGCGGCGGCCUCUUUGCACCCGGCGCUGGGCGCCUACGAGCAGGCGGCGGCCGCGGGCUACCCCUUCAGCGCCGGACUGCCGCCCUCCGCCGCCUGCCCCGACAAGUGCGCCCUCUUCAACAGCGUCUCCUCCAGCCUCUGCAAACAGUGCACGGACAAGCCUUAAGGAGGGAAGGAGCGGUGGAGAGAGAGACACAGACACACACUCAGAGAGAGAGAGAGAGGCGGACUCCCGGGGACUCUCCAUCCCUCCUCUUCUUCCAGCCCUUCUUCCCCUCCACAGGACUUUGGCUGUUGCCUUUGGAGAGGUGCUAUGGGGGUCUGAAGUGCAACUAAGGCCCCAUCUACGCUUUGGGGGGAAUCCAACGCGGUCACUAGGGCUCCCUCUACACUGAGACGAUCUAAAGGACUGAAGUGCAACUACAUUGAGCUGAUUUGGGGGACUGAAGCGCAACUAGGGCCCCAUCUACACUGAGCCGCUUUGGGGGACUCAAACGCAUUCACUAGGACCCCAUCUACACUGAGACAAUGUGAAGGACUGAAGUGCAAUUACGGCCCCGUCUACAUUGAGGUGAUUUGGGGGGAGGCUGGAGCGCAACAAGGGCCCCAUCUACAAUGGGCAGCUUUGGGGAACUCAAACGCAUUCACUAGGGUCCCCUCUACACUGAGAAGAUCUAAAGGACUGAAGUGCAACUACAUUGAGGUGAUUUGGGGGACUCAAACGCCACUAGGGCCACA